UUUUGAUUUAGGGCACUGAUACAUGUUUGUUUAUCCCGAGUUCCUGACUGAGUGAGUCCUUAUACAGACUUAUUCCUGUGUUGAUGUUUUUUUUUAGUACAUUACAUGUCAUUUGAGUAUGAUUUGGGAGAGGAAUGUUUUUCUUUACCAAAGUACACAGAGCCUGACUGACCACAGGCUACGUGCCGAAUGAAACCGUGUGGCUGGAGCCCAGCUUGGGCAGACAUGCUGUGCACAUUUCUGUCCUGUUUACUGCACCAUGAAAUACAAUAACACAAUAAAUCAAUGUCUUGCUAAUUAUGUUCUGAUAGCAGAAAGGUUAAUCCAGCACUGUAUAUCUAAAGGAAAUGUUUGACUACAAAACAAAAAAAAAAGUCUUUAUCAAAGUUUGGGGUCAGUUUUGGGGGAAAAAAAAAAAAAAAAAAAAAAAAAAAAAAAAAAAUUCAGCAAGGGUGCUUUAAAUUGAUCAAAAGUCAUCAAAGAAUCCUGAAAAAAGAAAUGUAACACCAUUUUACCAGAAAUAACCUGACAAAACAAUAAAUCAGUGAGUGCAGAUAGGUGUGCUUAUUAUGUUCGUAAAGCCUGUGAUGAGAGUUUGGCUACCAUUUCACAGGUCAGUUUGGAAUGGCAGGGGUCAGCAGUGUUCUGUCCUCUUCAGAGCACAAAGGAGGUCACUUUCUGAGGGCUGGGAGGGAUAGGAAGCCAGGGGGAGGGCUGUGGGACAGGCUUUAAUGUCAUAAAUGACCCGGAGUUCUACAUACUUGAGGCAUGUGGAGGAGGGGAACUGGAGUGAAAGGCACAGAGUGAGGGCUUUCCCUUCUCUUCAUUUUAAAACGUUUAUCUGGGACUCUCUUUUGGCAAGACUAGGAUACACAGAGCGCUAGAACACAUCAAUUACAGCUUGGAAAACUUUGAGGAAUAGAGAACAACAUGCCCAGUUUGGAGCAGCGGAAGGUGCGUUCUCGUGACGCGGCACGCUGUAGGAGGAGUCAGGAGACUGAGGUGUUUUACGAGCUGGCCCACUCGCUGCCCCUUCCACGACGCAUCACCUCCCACCUGGACAAAGCUGCCAUCAUGAGGGUGACGCUCAGCUAUCUGCGCAUGAACCGCUUGAUCCAAUCCGUGGGGCCGACCAAAACAAAGACUGAGGAAACGGAGAAUCCCACUGAUGGCUUUUAUCAGCAGGCACUGGCUGGCUUUAUUCUGGUGAUGACCGAGGAAGGGGACAUGAUUUUCCUCUCAGAAAGUGUCAGCAAAUACAUCGGCAUAACACAGCUGGAGCUUCUUGGACAGAGUGUGUAUGAGUUUGUUCAUCCCUGUGACCAAGAAGAAUUGCGAGACAUCCUCACCACAAGACCAGGUAUUUCAAAGAAAAAGACAGAGAAGUUGGCAGAACAUAAUUUUUUCCUCCGGAUGAAGAGCACACUCACCCACACAGGAAGAACAGUUAAUAUGAAGUCUGCAAACUGGAAGGUCCUUCAUUGCACAGGACACAUGCAGACGUUCAGCGGUGAUGAUGAGACCUCGCUCCCUGCUGGCAGCUUCCUGACAUUGCUGUGUGAGCCCAUUCCUCACCCCUCCAGCGUUGAAUUCCCACUUGACAGCAGCACUUUCCUCACACGCCAUAGCAUGGACCUGACUUUCACACAAUGCGACGGACGAGUCACUGAGCUUGUUGGAUACCAACCUGAUGAUCUGAUUGGCCGGUCUGCCUAUGAGUUUUAUCACGCCCUUGAUUUUGAUCAUGUGACCAGGAGUUUACACAUUUUGUUCUCCAAGGGUCAGGUGUGCACCAGCCAUUACCGCUUCCUGGCUAAGAAUGGAGGAUUUGUCUGGACUGAGACUCAAGCCACUGUCCUCUACAACAGCAGGACUUCUCAACCCGAGGCUGUGGUCUGCCUCAACUUUAUCCUCAGUGGCGUGGAAGAGGCAGAUGUUGUGUUCUCGUUGGAACAGACCUGUCAGAAACCAAAGCCCAAAGCUGAGAAGCUGACUGUGCUGGAGGAGGAGGAGGAGGAGGAGAAAGAGGAAGAAGAGGACUCAGACAUGGAGGAGAGCAGCACUGCGACGCUCUUCCUCAAGAUAAAGGAGAACCCAGAGGAGUUAAUGCAGCUGGCACCUCACUCUGGAGACACUAUCAUUUCCCUAAGAGAGGGUGUGGAGUUGUCCUUCUGCCAGCCACCUAGUCCCAACAGUGUCCCAGAAUGCCCUCAGGACUUCUGUACGCCUGAACUCCGCCAGCUCCUUUCUCCAAUAUUCGACAGGCCCACCAAAUCUCCACCUGCUGCGAGCCCCGCUGAAGAGCUGCCCAUGGAGAUGGAAGGGGUAGAGAAGUUCUUUGCCCUCAAACCUGAAGAGAGUGUAACUCUGAAAGGACAAUCAGAGGCUAUGGAUGAGCUUGAUUUGGACAUGCUAGCUCCAUAUAUCUCCAUGGAUGAUGACUUCCAGUUGACCUUUCUGCCCCAGAGUGAAAUGGCUGCAUCUUCAGAAAUGCUAACCAACACUUCAAGGAAACGAUGUUUAGAAGAUGAGGAGGAAGAUGACAUUCCUGUUCUGGCUGCCAAAUGGGAGAAGAAACAGAUGAGCAGCUCCAUAGAGGAACAGCUUCUGCUCAGCCACACAUUACUGAAUGGCUUGUCCGACGAUGCUUCGGAAGAAUUUGAACCGCCACCUCAAAAGCGAUGUCAGCUUUUGACCGACAGGGACCCGUUACUGGGUGGAGCGCAGGCGUUGUGUGAUACAGCAGCUCUCAUGAAGGACACCUUCCUAUCACGCCCACCUGACUUAAUGCGACCUGUUGCUGAAACCAUGCCGUCCCUUACUUGAAGAAUAAACAAUGUGGAUGAGUUCUCAGCAAAAACAGUGACCGCUAACAGGGAGGGUUACGAAUGACCCUCUUCGCGCUCAACAUGUAUCAGCUUAACAUGUAUUUCAAAGAGUGAAGUUUUACGCACAAAACACAGGAGGAUAAUUGGCCUAAACAUUUUUUUUUACAUAUGUUCUUGUUUUUUCUUUUUUUUAUAUAUAUAUAUAUAUAUAUAUAUAUAAGAUUUUUGCCCCAAUACUUUAAUGAAGAGUAGUUAAAAUAGACUUUAGUUAAUAGGAUUGGUAUAAUAUAGUCAUUGGUUAUGAACUUAUGAACCCAUGCCCAUUCUCAGCAGAGACUCUGAAUUUAGAUUCGUCUAGUGACAUUUCUAAAAAAUGGUGCUCCUGUCGCCCCUGCUGUUCAGUCCAGUUUCUUCCAAAGCACAAAUGAGGCCAAAAUGGGGUCGAAAUCGAAGCUAAACUGGUCAGGAUGUGUUAGAAAUAGUGUUAAAAUGAUGUUCUACCACUUGUAGCCUUAAUCUAAACCUAUAAAUCUCAUAACUUCAAGCAUAACCUCACUUGACUGUAAGUUUUUCUGAAAGAAGCUUCACGAGGUGAUUUCUUACAGCGGUUCUGUUUAGUGCUAGAAUCAUGGGUUAGGCUGAUUUUAAGUCGACGUGAUCAUGCUUUUGAGUUAGAUUAUUCACUGAGGCCAUAGCUGACAAACGCAACAAAUACUCUAUCAGUGAUCAUCUGAUUUUUAUAAAGCAUUUUAUAUACUUUUGCAAUUACAACUUGUAAGUGAAUCUAUACUAUGUGUCUUUGGUGUUGAACUACAAAUAUGACUGUUUCUGUUUUUGUGUCACUUCCAAUAUGUCGAAUGAUCUGUUCAAAAAAAAAAGAAAAAGAAAAAAAAAAAGAAAAGGCUAUAGUGUUGAUACUGCUGUCGUAUUGACUGAAAGCCUUGUCCGAUGUCUUUUUGAAUCAUAACAUGAGAUGCUAAAAUGACAAAUGUACUAGUAAAUUGCUUGAAAGCAUUUACAGCAAAGCGAUCAUCUUGUUUGUUGAUGUUUCUUGAUCCUCUUUUAUGCAGCAGAUACUUUUUGUUAAAUGGUGGCAUACAUGAUUAGUUGUGGUGCUUUGUUUCAGUUGGCUGUGAAGUUAUAUUCCCCUGAUUUCUGUAGCUAGUACAGACACCACUUAAGGGGCCUUAUUCAAAUGGUGUCCAAUAAGACACAUGCCUUCUCAUAUGGAUAACAGUUCUUCUGAUAACUUAGACUUUUUGUGUAUGUUACUUUGUGUAUUUUUGCAUCAUUUAUUUCCAAUGUAUGAAUAGCUUGUAUUAACUGAUAAAGAAAUAAAACAUUUUAAAUGCUUUCAAAA